UAGUAUCUUACAACAUUUAGCUUUUAUAAAGUAGUUUAUUACAAUAUUUUUUUUAUAAAGUAGUUUCUGACAAAAAAAUUGUUUUAAAAGGUAGUUUCUCAUAAAAUGUCCUUAUAAAAAAAAAAUCACACAAGAGUUUUCUACUCUGUAAUCAAAACAUGAAAGGGGUGUUUUUUCCAUCACGUUUAGCGCGAGGAGCUCUAGUAUUCUGUAGGAUUUUUGGGCAAACCCUCCAAUUCCUCCGAUCUUGGACCAUUUUCCAAAUACCCAACUCCGACAACGAAAAGUAAAGUAACUUGUCUGUUUCUGAAGUCUAAAGUUAACUAAGAUACAGCACUAGAAUAUCUUCCACUGAAUUAAUAAUUCUAGAAAAAUCCAACAUCUUCCCAAAAAUUACAAUGUCACUCAUUUUCAAAACCUCAGUUGCAUUUAAUACUCCUUAAAAAAUCUUCUGCAACUUUUAGCAUAAAAAAACAAUAACAAUGGUGGUUUCAACUAUCUCUCAUUUUCACCUCAAAUUCCCACCAAAACAUACCAAAUUCUCCACUAUUCACCCACCAAAAACCAGGUCCCAAAUUCUCUGUUGCGUAUCAUACGACCCUCCUGCCUUUGACUCCUCUAAUGCAGGAAAAACAGAUAAUAAGAAGAAGGAAUUGAGAGUAGUAUUUGCCGCGGGCGGUGCCGGGGGUCAAAUAUUCCCGGCAGUAGCAAUAGCAGAUGAGAUCAAAAUCAUAAAGCCAGAUGCUAAAAUUCUGUUUAUUGGUACUGAUUCAGGAAUGGAAUGCACGGCCGUGCCGUCUUCCGGGUACGAUUUCUCUGCUAUACCAGCUACCCCAUUACUCCGCCCUAUAUUGUCCUUCAAAAAUUUGAGCAUUCCUUUGAAAUGGGUAAAGUCAAUGAUUGCAAGUUGGAAUAUAAUGAAGGAAUUUAAACCCCAAAUUGUAGUUGGAACUGGUGGUUAUGUCUCUUUCCCAAUUUGCCUAAUUGCUGCUAUUAAAGGAUUAAAAAUGGUUAUUCAAGAACAGAGUUCUGUUCCUGGGUUAGCCAAUUGGUUUCUUUCUCUUGUUGCUGACUUAGUUUUUGUGGCUUAUAAUUCGUCUGUUGAUCGGUUUCCAGCUGACAAGAAGAAGGUUGUUGUAAGUGGGAAUCCUGUGAGGUUGUUGUUAAAGAAGAAUGUGUCGACAGCUGUGGCACGGUCGUAUUUUUUCCCUAGGUUGGCUAAUGUUUCGGAUUCGGAGGUGGUGGUGCUGCUUGUGCUUGGGGGCUCUUUUGGGGCUAAUUCUAUGAACAUUGCUCUAUUUAAUAUCUACUUUCAAAUGUUGGAGCAGCGGCCGAAUUUGCAUAUUAUCUGGGAGACUGGUGUGGAGUCAUUUGAUGAGAUGGAGAGUCUUGUUCGAAAUCAUCCUCGAUUAGUUUUGGCACCGUUUUUGCGUUCUAUGGACAUGGCAUAUACAGCAGCAAAUCUUGUUGUUUCUAGGGCUGGAGCGCUGACUUGUACUGAACUACUGGUUACAGGGAAACCUGCCAUCCUGAUUCCUUCUCCAAAUGAUGCAGAAGGACAUCAAUUCCAAAAUGCAUCUUUGAUGGCAGAUUUAGCUGGUUCAAGAAUUUUAACUGAAGAUGAACUUGAUUCAACAACUCUACGAAAUGCGAUCAAGGAUAUUAUAGAUAAUGAUCUUCUUAUGGCAGCAAUGUCUGAUAGAGCCUUACAAGCAGCAAAGCCAAAUGCUGGUGCUGAGAUUGCUGAGCGUGUGGUUGCUCUGGUCGAAUUAGCAUCUGUGAAUGCCUGAUAGCUGAAGAAUGGGAAAGCUGUUCUUGAGUUGUAACAUGAUCUAUAUGCUCUCGAGUCAUGCACGAGUAUCAGUGCUGUUGGCAAUUUUUACCAGUGAAGUUGCCAAUUGGUUGGACAUGGAGCAGCGCAUUUUUAUGUUACUGUGGUUUACUCUUCUGCAGGAUACAUACUUCGGACCACUGAUAUUUCACCUUCUGCUUGAAAUGGCGUCCCUGCAUUAGUAGUACAGUGAAAAGAGGAUUGUGCAUAACAUAUAUUACCUCUAUACUCCUAUGACUAUAUUAGUCAGUUGAAAUAAAUGUCAGGCCAUUUGCAAAAUAGCUGAUCCCAUUUGAUCCUCACUGUUGCAAGUAACUCAGAGCUAGAGUUUUUCUUGCUUGAAAUUUCAUUUCGUUUUUCUAAGUUUUUAAAGUGAGGGAUGUGUAGAAGAGCUU